CCGACGCCGCUGCGCCAGACGCCGCCGCCGCGCGGCCACGCUCCGCCCUGGAGCCCUCCACGGUGAGCCUGCUGCAGACAUCGCGCGCCCGGCUCGGGGACAGGGCGGCCGCGCAGUCCUUCCAGUGCGGCCCCUGGCGCGGGCUCCCGCAGGUGUUCGACGCCCUGCCUGGUGGCGGCUUCCGCCGGCGCCAUGGCGGGGACGUGCUCAGCGAGCUCCCAGACGCAGGGUGCGCCCUGCUGCUGUCCGAUAGCGACGAGGCGCCUGGCAGGGCGCCGCUCGCGAUGAUGCAAGCGUCCCUCCCUGGUCGCCGGAUGCACCACGCCCACCACCGGCCGCGAGGAGGAGCCGUCGUCCAUGGUGGAGCGGCGCGCGGGACCGCCCGCCUGGCGCACAGGGAGCCGGGCUCGUCCUUGCCGCUGCUCCCGUACCCCGCCAACCUCACCCUCGCGCCCGCGGCCUCGGGGGCCCUCCUGCUCUCGCCGGACGCGCGCCUGGUCCUGGGCAGGGGCGUGUCGGCGGAGGGCCCCGCCGUAAAGGCCCUGAAGGCGCACCUAGCCGCGCUGCCGCGGCGGGCCGCCAGGGUGGAGGCGACCGUCCGCCUCGAGCUGGACGGCGCGGUCGAGGGCGCGUCGCCCGAGCGCUACUCGCUGGCCGUCGGCCACGGGGUGGCGACCUUGAGCGCCCCGGCCGACGAGGGGCUCUUUUACGCGGUGCAGACGCUGCGGCAGCUGACCCCCGAGGGCGGCCCGGCGGACGUCCCCGGCCUCGCGAUCGAGGACGCCCCGCAGUUUGGCUGGCGCGGCCUUCACCUGGACGUCAGCCGCCACUUCUUCAGCGCCGAGCACGUGAAGUCCCUGCUGGACGUCAUGGCCAGCCUCAAGCUGAACCGGUUCCAUUGGCACCUCACGGACGAUCAGGGCUGGCGGCUUCCAGUGGAGGGGUACCCCAAGCUGACCAUGAUAGCUUCGGAGGGGGUCUCCAGCGGAGCCUACACGGCGGACGAGAUCCGCGACGUGGUGCGGCACGCCCACGCGAGGCACAUCCGCGUGCUCCCGGAGAUCGACGUGCCGGGCCAUGCCGCGGCGGUCAUUGCAGCCUACCCAGAGCUGGGCAACUCGGAUGUUGCCAACUGGCGUGCGCCGACCCGCCCGAUGGACAAGUGGGGCACCUUCGAGUACACCAUGGCCCCAUCUGCGGCCACAAUGAAGUUCCUGAGUGAUGUGUUCACACAGGUGGCCGAUCUCUUCCCGGACGCCAUGGUUCACAUCGGCGGUGACGAGGUGUCGAGGAACGAGUGGAAGAGGUCCAAGCUGGCCGAGACGGUCCGGCGCGCCGAGCGCCUGAACAACGUCCAGGAAUACUUCAACGCCAGGUGUGCCGACCUCCUCCGGGCCAAGAACAUAUCCAUGUUCGCCUGGGACGAGGCUCGCACUGUGGGAGGCUUUCCAAAGGACGGCACCAUCGUAGCGUGGAGGUCGAGGGACGAGGUGGUUAAGGCGGCAAAAUCAGGGAGGCACGUGGUGAAUGCAGACCAGGGGAUCCUGUACUUCGACCACUACCAGGGACACGAGCGGACCGAGCCCAAGGCUUUUGGAGGGUACAGCCCCUUAGAGUCUGUCUACGGGUACGACCCAAUACCGCCUGGACUCACGAAGGAGCAGCAGAGCCUCGUGGUGGGCGGGCAGGCGCAGCUCUGGUCGGAGUACAUCCCAGACUGGAAGCACCUGGAGUACAUGGCGUUCCCGAGGUCCCACGCGUUGGCCGAGCGGCUCUGGACCCCGAGCGCGCAGGUUGCGGGCUUCGAGGAGUUCCGUGAGCGGCUGGCUGUGCGUCUGAAGGA